AUGAUAACCAGGAGCCAAAUUUACAGCCAAGGACACUACGGGGAAACAUUCACCUUCGAUGAGAAGGAAGUUCCAAGAGCUUACAGCAGCAAAGAGCCACUUUCAGUCAAGCUGUCGGUAGAAGCCGCAUCCCUGGAAACAUUCCGGGUCAGGCUGGACGGGGCUCUGAGCAAGCUGAUCUGGCUGCACAUGGCCCUGCUGACUGCAGUGACGGUGGAGCAGUGUGUGUGGCCGCGGCCGCCCGUGCCCCGUGCCUGUGCCUACACGUCCCGUGUGGGCUCCUGUGCACGCCUGGCUGUGUCGGUGGGAGGGGGCCGUGCCCCCCGGUGCCUGCCCCAGGCCGUGCAUCGGGUGUGCAGGGCCUUCCUCACAGCCAGCGUUAAUCCCGCGUCCCCACUCCUAGGUCCCGGCCCCGCCAUGGAGGGCUUGCUGAGAAGGUGGAGGCUCCCAGCGCUGAGCGCCCGGCAGCGCGGCUCUAGGCUUCGGCACGGUGCACCGGGCAGGGCGAAGCGGCUGCUGCUCUCGCAACUUUUCCAGCCCCUCAACCUACAGGGCGAGGCGGCUGGGGAGGGCAAGACCGGGGAGCCCACCUGCCGGAGCCAGAGACUGAUGCUGCAAGCGGGGCUUAUCCACCCCUCCAGCCCUGGCUGCUACUCCUACAUGCCGCCCACCGUCCGUGCCAUGGAGAAGCUCAUCAAGGUGAUGGAUGAGGAGAUGCAGGCCGUGGGUGGGCAGAAGCUGAACAUGCCCAGCCUGAGCUCGGCGGAGCUGUGGCGCGCCAGCGGGCGCUGGGAUCGGAUGGGGCCGGAGCUUUUCCGGCUGGUGGACCGGCAUGGCAAGGGCUACUGCCUGGGGCCCACGCACGAGGAGGCUGUAACAGAGCUGGUGGCCGCUCAGAGCAACCUGUCCUACAGGCAGCUGCCGCUGCGCCUCUACCAGGUGAGCAGGAAGUUUCGGGACGAGCCCAAGCCGCGCUUCGGGCUGCUGCGCAGCCGGGAGUUCUACAUGAAGGACAUGUACACCUUCGACGCCUCCGGCGAGGCCGCCCGCCACACCUACGGCCUGCUGUGUGCCGCCUACCACAGCCUCUUCGACCGCCUGGGCCUGCCCGUCGUCAAAGUGCAGGCAGCCACGGGCACCAUCGGCGGCACCGUGUCCCACGAGUUCCAGCUGCCGGCAGAGGUGGGCGAGGACAGGCUGCUGCUGUGCCCGGAGGGACACUUUGCGGCCAACGUGGAGACACUAAGCGAGGAGCAAACGGCGUGCCCCACCUGCGGGGGGAAGCUCUCCCAGACAAGAGGGAUUGAAGUGGGCCACACGUUUUAUCUGGGCACCAAGUACUCCUCUGUCUCCAACGCUGUCUUCUGCUCCCCUGACAACAAACCCCAGCUGGCAGAAAUGGGUUGCUACGGUCUGGGCGUCACUCGCAUCCUGGCGGCCUCCGUCGAGGUGCUCUCGACAGAGGACAGCAUCCGCUGGCCCAGCCUCAUUGCACCUUACCAGCUCUGCUUCAUUGCCCCCAAGAGAGGCAGCAAGGAGGAGAAGGAGGGAGCUGUGCUGCUGGAGCAAAUGUAUGAUGACCUUGCAGAAGCACUGCCCCACCUGGCUGGUGACUCGGUGCUGGACGACAGGACACAGCUGACCAUAGGCAAAAGGCUGAAGGAUGCCAACAGGCUGGGUUAUCCCUACGUGAUCAUAGCUGGGAAGAGGGUUUGUGAGGAUCCCCCUGUCUUUGAGGUCUGGAAUCAGAACACUGGGGAGGUUUUGUUCCUAACCAAAGAAGGUACCAUUGAGUUGUUGAGUAAAGCACAAGUCCCUUAAAAUCCUCAUCUCUGAAUCUCUUAUCUUUCCUGCACUAAGUUUAGGAUGGAGCAGGAAGUUCC